GGGGCUGCGGGACCGGCCCGAACUUUCCAGAAGAGUCGGGAGCGGCGCCGCCAAGUGCGGGAUCUCCGCCCGCAGCCCCGGCCGCCCCCCGCCGCCGCCACCAUGGUGAAGGAGACCACCUACUACGACGUGCUGGGCGUGAAGCCCAACGCGUCCGCCGAGGAGCUGAAGAAGGCCUACCGCAAGCUCGCGCUCAAGUACCACCCGGACAAAAACCCCAAUGAGGGCGAGAAGUUCAAGCAGAUCUCCCAAGCCUACGAGGUGCUGUCGGACCCGAAGAAGAGGGAGCUGUAUGACAAAGGAGGCGAGCAGGCCAUCAAGGAGGGCGGCUCCGGGGGCGGCUUCGGGUCCCCCAUGGAUAUAUUCGAUAUGUUCUUCGGCGGCGGAGGGAGGAUGCAGAGAGAGAGGCGAGGUAAAAACGUGGUCCACCAGCUGUCAGUAAGUUUAGAAGAUAUGUACAAUGGUGCGAUGAGGAAACUUGCACUGCAGAAAAACGUUAUCUGUGACAAAUGUGAAGGUCGUGGUGGCAAGAAAGGGGCAGUAGAAUGCUGCCCUAAUUGCAGGGGAUCAGGCAUGCAGAUCAGAAUUCACCAGAUCGGGCCAGGAAUGGUGCAGCAAAUCCAGUCUGUGUGCAUGGAGUGUCAGGGGCACGGAGAGCGUAUCAGCCCCAAGGACCGGUGUAAGAGCUGCAAUGGCAGGAAAAUUGUUAGAGAGAAGAAGAUCCUAGAAGUGCACAUUGACAAAGGAAUGAAGGAUGGUCAGAAAAUAACAUUCCAUGGUGAAGGGGACCAAGAGCCAGGUCUGGAGCCAGGGGAUAUUAUUAUUGUAUUGGAUCAAAAAGACCACUCUGUAUUUACAAGACGAGAUGAAGAUCUUCUUCUGGCUAUGGAUAUUCAACUGGUGGAAGCACUCUGUGGCUUUCAAAAGCCUAUCACAACGUUGGAUAACAGAACUAUCAUUAUUACCUCCCAUCCUGGCCAGGUAGUUGAGCAUGGGGCUAUUAAGUGUGUGUUGAAUGAAGGUAUGCCAAUUUAUCGCAGACCAUACGAAAAAGGACGUCUGAUCAUAGAAUUCAGGGUCAACUUCCCAGAGAGUGGCUUCCUCUCUUCAGAUAAGCUGUCUUUACUCGAAAAACUGCUACCUACAAGGCAGGAAAUAGAAGAAACCGAGGACAUGGAACAGGUGGAUUUAGUGGACUUUGAUCCAUCUCAAAAGAGAAAACACCACUAUAAUGGAGAAGUGUAUGAAGAUGAUGAGCAUCAGCCUAAAGGUGGUGUUCAAUGCCAGACAUCAUAAAUGGGCCAGUGAAUAACUUGUGAUGCUUGUUUUGUAUGCAGUAGUGGAUGAGUGAAGGACUACAGACAGUUCGCCCUCACCUCCUGCUAUAUGUUGUUCUAUCCAGCCAUAGUUAUUUCUAAAAGCAUAAAGGAAUAAACUAAAUAAUUAAACUGACUUUGCAAUUUGUAUAAAGCUCCAGGAUGCAAGCUCCAAUGAAGUUGAUUGCACUUCAUCCCUGACUCUUGGUCCAGAAAACUCCCUUACCUGCUUGUCUUUUCUUCCAAACCUUGUAAUUCCUGUAUGUGUGCAAUUGCCCAGGCUUAAACUUUAAGAUUCUGUGGUGUGCUUUUUAGGAAUUUUAGAUCUUAUACUCUGUGAAUAAAGUAUGCACAAGUAC